UGGAAGUAGGAGGAAUCCUGCAAAGCCUCAGAGGCAGUAAGAAGGACUUCAGCUUGGUUACUUGACCUGUCGUGUCUCCCUCUCCAACAGGAUCCUCUGGGCUUGAAACAGGGAUAGGGACAGAACACAAGGACAUGAGGCAAGAUGUCUCCAAACUCAUUUGUUUCUUUCAUUUUUUCCUUUCCUCAUUUGUGUAAAGCCUUCCCACUUUCUCUUUUCCUUUGGCAUCACUCACAGAGGCAUCCAUUUUUCUGUCACUAGCUUAUGUGAGCAAAUAAUCCAAUUUCCUUUCACUUUUAACUUCCAAUCCAGGAUCAACUAUGCAUUAUUCUAUUACACAGGGAAGCACAAUAACUACUCAUACAUUCCAGAAUUUAUAAAUCUCUUUGCUUAUCUAGAUAGAAAGGAACUCUACUCUAAUACCUUAACCAAGGCCCAGCAACAGAACAAAGGAUUCUUCUGAAACUACCAAAAGAUGCCAAGUUGUCUAGUUAAGAGUUUCAUCACUUAGCCUUUCUGGCAGUGACAACCUGCCCACAAGAACAUGCCCCUCGCGAAGGACCUCCUGCACCCAUCCCUGGAAGAGGAGGAGAGGAAACACAAGAAGCAGCGCCUGGUACAGAGCCCCAACUCCUACUUCAUGGAUGUGAAGUGCCCGGGGUGCUACAAAAUCACCACCGUGUUCAGCCAUGCACAGACAGUGGUGCUGUGUGUGGGCUGCUCCACCAUUCUGUGCCAGCUGACAGGAGGAAAAGCAAGGCUCAUGGAAGGAUGCUCCUUCAGAUGGAAGCAGCACUAA